AUGUCUACAGGUAGUGUGCUGUCCCUAUUAAUCAGCACCAAAAGGCAAUUAGUCCAAGUUGGCUACGUGCUGAGUAAUUGUCCCAAGUUUGCCUCGUGGAUUCUUUCAGCCGUGUUUAAUUUAGGUAUCGAGAGAACUAAGGCACACUUGGACACGUGUUCACGGACACACACCAACACUCACGGACUCACACCAGCACUCACGGACUCACACCAGCACUCACGGACACACACCAGCACUCACGGACUCACACCAACACUCACGGACUUACACCAGCACUCACGGACUCACACCAGCACUCACGGACUCACACCAACACUCACGGACUCACACCAGCACUCACGGACUCACACCAGCACUCACGGACUUACACCAGCACUCACGGACUUACACCAGCACUCACGGACUCACACCAGCACUCACGGACUCACACCAGCACUCACGGACUCACACCAGCACUCACGGACUUACACCAGCACUCACGGACUUACACCAGCACUCACGGACUUACACCAGCACUCACGGACUCACACCAGCACUCACGGACUCACACCAGCACUCACGGACUCACACCAGCACUCACGGACUUACACCAGCACUCACGGACUUACAGCACUCACGGACUCACACCAGCACUCACGGACUCACACCAGCACUCACGGACUCACACCAGCACUCACGGACUCACACCAGCACUCACGGACUCACACCAGCACUCACGGACUCACACCAACACUCACGGACUCACACCAACACUCACGGACUCACACCAACACUCACGGACUUACACCAGCACUCACGGACUCACACCAGCACUCACGGACUCACACCAGCACUCACGGACUUACACCAGCACUCACGGACUCACACCAGCACUCACGGACUUACACCAGCACUCACGGACUUACACCAGCACUCACGGACUCACACCAGCACUCACGGACUCACACCAGCACUCACGGACUCACACCAGCACUCACGGACUCACACCAGCACUCACGGACUCACACCAGCACUCACGGACUUACACCAGCACUCACGGACUUACACCAGCACUCACGGACUCACACACUCACGCACUCACGGACUCACACCAGCACUCACGGACUCACACCAGCACUCACGGACUCACACCAGCACUCACGGACUUACACCAGCACUCACGGACUCACACCAGCACUCACGGACUUACACCAGCACUCACGGACUCACACCAGCACUCACGGACUUACACCAGCACUCACGGACUCACACCAGCACUCACGGACUUACACCAGCACUCACGGACUCACACCAGCACUCACGGACUCACACCAGCACUCACGGACUCACACCAGCACUCACGGACUCACACCAGCACUCACGGACUCACACCAGCACUCACGGACUUACACCAGCACUCACGGACUCACACCACUCCCUCAGUUGGCGCGCGGCAGCCGGAGGCAAGGCCGCGUGCUCAUCAAUAUGCAGAAGGGAAAGCCGCGGAAGGCAGGGUUGUCUGUGGAAAUUGUGUUUCGAACGGCGCCGGGAAAGGCUUCCUCCCAGGCUCUUCCCGUAUGUCUUCCUCGUAUUCUGGGUUAA